UGCGGCUCAAAUGGUUUGAGAUAACUUUUAUUAAAAGCCCGUGGCUGCACAGUGGCUUCUUGGGGAGAGGUGUGUUUGGGGAGGGGUCUGCUCGUCAGAGGAACGCCUCGGGGGGGAAACUGCUUGCUCAAAGCUCAAGGAGAGGAAGGCUGUGAGAUAGCAGCAUUUAUCCUCUCCCUCCGUUUUGUCUUGCAAUGUCUCCUCUUUGCAUCGCCUAACAGUCACCUGGCCUCAGCAUGGAUAUCGGAGGACUGACCACGGUGGUAGCAAAUUCCGCCUACAUCAAUGCCCGUGGAAGCAUCGACGGUUCUAAUCCCGCAGCGGCUCGGGAUAAGAAGUACCAUUCUCGCCUCAAACUGCCCCACAUCACUGUGUGCGAGGGCCUGAGGGAAACCCUGGAUUUGGCCUUUGACUCAGUCUGUGUCGAACAGCCUAUUGGCAAACGCCUCUUUAGGGAAUUCUUGGAUGCAAAUCAAGAGUAUCACGGGGCUUGCCGUCUGUGGAAAGACAUCGAGGCCUAUGACCUGGCGGAGGAUUCCGACCGGACGAAGAAGGCCUCAAAGAUUGUCCAGCGUUACAUGGACUCCUCUGCCAAACACUUCUGCCCGUACCUGUCUGAGGACACCAUAGCGAAGGUGAAGGAAGACCAGGAGUCUGUACGGGAUGAUUUGUUUGCUGCGGCACUGGCCACAACGUUGGACUACCUGCGAGAGGCCCCCUACGCGUUCUUCCUGGAGAGCCUGUUCCUGAAGAGGUACCUGCAGUGGAAGUGGCUCGAGAUGCAGCCCAUGGAUGCGGACUGGUUCCUAGACUUCCGUGUGCUGGGGAAGGGCGGGUUUGGGGAGGUGUCGGCCUGUCAGACGAAAGCCACGGGGAAACUUUAUGCCUGUAAGAAACUCAACAAGAAGAGGCUGAAGAAGAGGAAAGGCUAUGAGGGUGCGAUGGUGGAGAAGAGGAUUCUUGAGAAGGUUCACAGUCGCUUCAUUGUGUCUUUGGCGUACGCCUUCCAGACAAAGGAAGAACUUUGUCUGGUCAUGACCAUCAUGAACGGAGGAGACCUCAAGUAUCACAUCUACCUGGUGGACGAGAACAACCCGGGCUUCGACGAGCCCAGAGCCAGUUUCUACACUGCUCAGAUUAUCCAGGGCAUGGAGCACCUGCACCAGAAGAGAAUCAUCUACAGAGAUCUCAAACCAGAAAAUGUGCUGCUGGAUAAUGACGGGAACGUGCGUAUAUCUGACCUGGGUCUUGCCGUGGAGCUGAAAGAAGGCAAAACAUUGACCAAAGGCUACGCCGGGACACCAGGGUACAUGUCUCCGGAGAUGCUGAAAGGAGAGAAAUACGACACCUCCGUCGACUACUACACUCUGGGGGUGACGCUGUUCGAGUUCAUUGCUGCCAAGAACCCGUUCAGGAACCGGGGGGAGAAGCUCGAACGCGAGGAGAUGAAAGAGCGCGUGCUGACACGGGAGGUGGCCUAUCCAGAGAAUUUCAGCAAGGAUGCAAAGUCGCUGUGUGAGGGGCUGCUGGCCAAACAGGUUGACGAGAGGAUGGGCUUCAAGAACGGAUGCUGUGACGAGAUCAGAGCACACCCGUUUUUUAAAGACAUCAACUGGAGGAAACUGAACGCAGGUAUUCUACCUCCGCCUUUCGUCCCCGACCCUAAAGUGGUGUACGCUAAAAGUCUGGACGACGUUGGCGCCUUCUCCUCGGUGAAGGGCGUGACCUUGGAGGAUCCGGAUAAGACCUUUUACGACGAGUUUUCCUCAGGCAACAUCGCCAUCCCUUGGCAGGAGGAGAUGAUCGAGAUGGGCAUUUAUGGAGAACUCAACCUCUGGGCUCCGGAAGGCGGCGUCCCGAAUGACCUCCGCAGGGAGUCCAUACUGGAGCAGCCAAAGUCAUCCACCUGCUGCGUGUCGUAGAGUCAUUGAAAUACCUUGAAAAUACAUCAGUUGUGAAGUGUACAGACUCAAAUGUUCAGGGCAGAAAGAAGUCUCCUCACUUUCCGGCUGCAGAGUUACAACCUUUUUAAUUAUUUCGGGGCACGGGAACAACAACAACAACAAAAAUUAAUUUAAAAAAGUUCCUGACAUUACAUCCUCACUGGUCUCGACUGUCUGUCCCUC